AUGAUUAAAUUUGCAACAAGAACCAUUAAUUAAUUUAUGCAACAAUAAAAAGAUUUAUUUGCUCACUAUAAGUAGCCAUCAAUUAAAGAAGACUCUUAUGUUACAGGCUUAAAAUUAGCUAAUUCUUUGAAGGGUAGUGAAUUAGUCCCAUUCAUUCCUAUAAAUGGAAGAUAAGUUAAGUAUGAUAUAAGUUUUAAAAUUAAGCUUUUACUAUUGUGGUCCUACAGUUUACAGCAAUUCUCAUUUGGGUCAUGCUAGGUAAUUAUAUAAUGUAUAUUUUUAUAGAACAUAUUUGGGUAUUGAUGUAAUAAGAAGAACAUUGAGAGAUUAUUUUAAUUAUGAUCUUUUGAGUGUUAUGAAUAUCACAGAUAUAGAUGAUAAGAUUAUUAAUGGGGCUAAAUAAGCUAAAUAAGAAUUUCUUGAAUUUACAAAGGUAUGGGAAAAGGAUUUCUUUUCUGCCAUGGAAGCACUCAAUAUUGAAUUACCUGAUGUAAUAACUAGAGUUAGUGAUUAUGUUCCUGAGAUUGUUACAUUCAUUGAAAAGAUAAUUGCCAAUGGAUAUGCUUAUGAUAGUAAUGGAAGUGUAUAUUUUGAUGUUCAAAAAUAUUUGGCAGAUGGAGUAAAUCAUUUUUAUUAUAUAUUAUAGCAUACAUAUCCAAAAAUGAGACCAGAAAUGAAUGCAGAUUUAUUAUAAGAAGGUGAAGGAGAAUCAUAAGCCAAUAAAUAAUCAGAAAAAAGAAGUCCUAAUGAUUUUGCAUUAUGGAAAGCCAGUAAACCAGAAGAACCUAAAUGGCCUAGUCCUUGGGGAGAAGGUAGACCAGGAUGGCAUAUUGAAUGUUCAGUUAUGGCUAGUGCUAUAUUGGGAAAUCCUAUUGAUUUACAUGCAGGAGGUAUUGAUUUGAUAUUCCCACAUCAUGAUAAUUCUUUAGCAUAAGCUGAAGCAUGUUUCAAUUGUGAUUAAUGGAUCAAUUAUUUUAUUCAUCUUGGUCAUCUUAAUAUUGCUGAUCGUAAAAUGUCUAAAUCUCUUAAGAACUUCCUCACUAUUGAUGAAGUACUCAAAAGAUACACUGCUAGAUAAAUCAGAUUAAAUUUUGCAAUUCAUUAAUAUGAUGCAGUUAUGAAUUAUUCUGAAGAGCAAGUUGAAUAAGCAAUAUCAAAAGAUAAGGCAUAUCAAGAAUUCUUUUAAAAUACCAAAAUCUAUUUAAGAGAAUCAUAGGUUACAGGUCCUUAAAAAUGGACAUAAAAUGACUUUUUAAUCAGUAACUCACUUAGAAGUACAAAAUAAGUGAUCCAUGCAGCUUUACUUAAGAAUUUUGAUUUUCCAACUGUUAUAGAUGCAAUUGAUAAAUUAAUUAACUAAGUUAAUGUAUAAAUUGCAAAUAAAACAGUUAGAGCUCCACUAAUUCAAAGUGUUGUUCAAUAUGUUCAUUUUAUUUUGGGAGUACAUAUAUUAAUUAAUUUAUUUAGUUAAUUGGACUCAAUUAUUAAACUUAAAAUAAUAGUUCAUCAGAUAUUAAGUUUAUAAUGGCAGAAGUAUGUUCUAUAAGAGAUUAAGUGAAAUUGGCUGCUAGAAAGGGAGAGUUUGAAGCUAUUUCAAAUAUUGUAACUUAGAAAUAAUUCUAAUAUGAAAAGAACUUAUCAAAUGGAAUUGUAGAUUGCAUUAACUAAUUUUAAUAAUAAGUUUUAGCUGCUUCUUAAGAAAAAAAUAAAUAGUAAUUAUUUUAAUUAUGUGACAAAUUGAGAGAUGAAUAAUUAUUUGAGUUAGGAAUUAAAAUAGAAGAUAAAGAUAAAGAAUAAGUAUAAAAUUAUAUAAUAAUAAUAAGGCAUCAAUUUGGAAAUAAUAUGAUCCAAAAGAAUUGAAAUUAGAGAGAGAAUAAUAAUAAAAACUUAUUUAAUAGAAAGAAUAGAUUAAGAAGAAAGAAGAAGAGAAAAAGAAAUAAGAGGAAUUAGAGAAAUUAGAAAAGGCAAAGAUUCAUCCAAAAGAUAUGUUUUUAUCUUAAUUAGAUAAAUACUCUGAAUUUGAUGAAAAAGGUAUACCUGUAAAAGAUAAGGAGGGAAAUGAAUUAUCUAAAAAAUAAAAGAAAGUUGUUUAAGAAUUAUGGGAAAAACAAAAUAAGAUUCAUAAUCAAUAUUUAGAGUCAUUAAAGAAAUAAUAAUAAUAAUAAUAAUAAUAAUAAUGA